AUGCUCCCGCCCCUUUUCCAUAUCCUCCGUCCCCUUCCCAUAUCCUCCGUCCCCUUCCCAUAUCCUCCGUCCCCUUCCCAUAUGCUCCGUCCCCUUCCCAUAUGCUCCGUCCCCUUCCCCAAUCCUCCGUCCCCUUCCCAUAUGCUCCGUCCCCUUCCCAUAUGCUCUGUCCCCUUCCCAUAUGCUCUGUCCCCUUCCCAUAUGCUCCGUCCCCUUCCCAUAUGCUCCGUCCCCUUCCCAUAUGCUCCGUCCCCUUCCCCAAUCCUCCGUCCCCUUCCCAAAUCCUCCGUCCCCUUCCCAUAUGCUCCGUCCCCUUCCCAUAUGCUCCAUCCCCUUCCCAUAUGCUCCGUUCCCUUCCCAUAUGCUCCGUCCCCUUCCCAUAUUCUCCGUCCCCUUCCCAUAUGCUCCUUCCAGGAGGUGGUAACAGUGCCAUCCUCGUCCUUCCCAAUAGCAGCAGUGGUGGUGCCGGUCGUGGUGGUGGUGCUAGUGCUGCUGCUCACUGUCUUCCUCUGGCGGCGCUGGCGCUCUGAAAGGCUCGCACGCAUGCUGCGCAAGGAGAUUGGCAGUGAGUGGGGAGGGGAGGAGGGGGGCGGAGGGGGUUGCUCACGCGUAUUCUCCCUGGCGGAGCUGCGGCGGGCCACCAAGGAGUGGCAGGCGGAGAUCGGGCGGGGCGGGUAUGGCAGCGUGUACAAGGCGGUGCUCAAGGACAAGACGGUGGUGGCCGUGAAGCGGCUGGACGUGGUGUCGGACCAGGGCGACAGGGAGUUCAUUCGCGAGGUGGAGCUGCUCUCACGCGUGCACCACCGGCACCUGGUGAAUCUCCUGGGCUUCUGUGCGGAGAAGGAGGAGCGUGCGCUCGUGUACGAGUACAUGGGGCUGGGGUCGCUGUUCGACCACUUGCACGGCCCGCACGCCAAGGAAACUCCCCUGUCAUGGGACUCACGCAUCAAGAUCGCCAUCCACGUGGCGCUCGGCAUUGACUAUCUGCACUACGGUGCCGACCCGCCUCUCAUCCACCGCGAUAUCAAAUCAGGCAACAUUCUCCUGUCCGAAGAUGGCUUAGCAAAGGUAGCAGACUUCGGGCUGUGCAAGGAGGUGCCGGUGGAUGUGACGCCGGAAGGCCAGCCGCAGCUGCUGCCGCCCACCACGGCGGUGCGGGGGUCGUUUGGGUACCUGGAUCCCGAGUAUGUGAGCACGUCGCUGCUCACCGACAAGAGCGACGUGUACAGCUAUGGCGUCGUGCUGCUGGAAUUACUCAGUGGCAAGUAUGCCAUUCACGAGAAGCAGCCUCUCGCAUACUGGGCGGAGGAGUAUCUGAUGGACAGCGAGCGCCUGGUGGAGCUGCUGGACCCGGCGCUGGGCAGCGACUACGACCUGCAUGAGGCGCAGAUUCUGUGUGACAUCGCCAGGAGCUGCGUGCAG